AGACAACUAGCUAGUUUUCUACAGACCGACCCAAAGACGGUGGUGCUAUAUAUAGAGCCGUUGCCAUUUCGAAGCUUGUUGACUUGAAGAGCCACCAUGCAUUAUACUUUCUGCACACUGGCUCUAUUUUUUCUGAGUCUGCAUCUCGUUUCUUCCUCAACAAUAUCUUUCUCAACAGACACCAUUUGCAACCGCACCCCUUUUCCUUCCUUCUGCAAAUCAACCGUACCAGCCAACGAUUCCACUUCCUUUCAAGAAUGCGGCAGGUUCUUCAUCAAACAAUACAUUUCCACCAAUAACGAUUUACUUUCGAUUGUCGAUAAAUACCUCGAAAACCAGAAAGACCUGCCCCUGUACACAGUUCGAGCUCUCCAAGACUGUAGAGAUCUUGGGAGCUUGAGCUCAGAUUUCUUGACAGACACGCUUCAAUCCAUAAGCUCUGUUAGUACACUCGAAGCUUCGAAAGCUAAAGAUGUACAGUCAUUGCUGAGUGCAAUACAGACCAACCAAGAAACUUGUUUUGGUGGAGUUUCCACUAUUGAAUCACCUAAAGAAAUUAAGAGUGACCUUCAAGCACGAGAACUGAACACGAGCAUGCUUGGUAGCGUUUCGCUCUCGGUCUUCAUGGAUGGCUGGGCUAAUGGUACGAGUUCAGCUACGAAGGAAGCAGAUCAGUCAGCGAGAAGGUUGUAUACAGUUGGGGCCAAUGUGAUUGUGAACAAGACAGUUGUUGUGGAUCCUACUGGAAAUGGAGAUUUUACGACUAUUAGCGAUGCUUUAGAUGCUGCUCCAAAUAAUAGCAUUGCUAGCUAUGGCUAUUACUUGAUUUAUGUCAUGGCCGGUGUUUAUGAAGAGUAUGUCAACGUAAUCAAAUCGAAGAAAUAUGUGAUGAUGAUCGGAGAUGGAAUCAACCAGACCAUAAUUACUGGCAACCGCAGUGUGGCUGAUGGCUGGACUACAUUCACCACCGGAACAUUCAUUGUGGUCGGGCAAGGAUUCGUUGGUGUGAAUAUGACUAUUCGCAACACAGCAGGAGCAGUUAAACAUCAAGCUGUUGCUCUUCGUAACAAUGCUGAUUUAUCAACGUUUUACAUGUGUAGUUUCGAAGGGUAUCAGGACACCUUGUAUACUCACUCACUAAGACAGUUCUACAGAGAAUGUGAUGUUUAUGGAACAGUUGAUUUCAUAUUCGGGAAUGCUGUUGUUGUUCUCCAGAACUGCAACAUCUAUCCGAGGCUUCCACUGCAAGGCCAGUUCAACGCGAUAACUGCACAAGGCAGAACAGACAUCAACCAGAACACAGGGACUUCGAUACAAAAUUGUACUAUCUUGCCAGCAGAGGACCUCGGAUUAACUAAAACUUAUCUUGGACGGCCUUGGAAACUGUACUCCAGAGUGGUUUACAUGGAGUCAUUCAUGGGGAGCUUGAUUGAGCCUGCUGGUUGGAGCAUCUGGUCUGGUGAUUUUGCGCUGAAUACAUCUUACUACGCGGAGUAUAACAACAUUGGACCGGGAGCUGAUACUACUAACAGAGUUACAUGGGAUGGUUUUCAUGUGAUCAAUGCUACAGAGGCGGUGAAUUUUGAUGUUUCGAAUUUUAUAGCUGGGGAUUAUUGGUUGCCUGCUACUGGAGUUCCAUACUACAUAGGAUUGAUGUAAGGUGAGACUUAGGAUCUCCAAGUAGUUGUUAAACUUUGGAAUCCAUGUAUUUUAACUCACAAAUUUACCUUUACCUUUUGUUAUAA